AGCAGUAACUCUCCAGCUCUUUAAUGGAAAAGUAGAAAAAUGAUAUCACUUAAUAUUUUUUACUUCGUAUACUGUUAUCUUUUGCUUUGCUUGUGUGAAGUAGCAAAAACUGAUAUUUCUAUGGAUCCACAGAAUCAGAAUAUGCAACUGGAACAACCCAAGGAUCCCCUAAAAUCUAAAAAUGUAAAAGAUCUAAUGGGGGGUAACCUCCAGUGUGCUUCUAAUGAAAUAUUCAUCGUCAAUAAGGGAUGCGUCGAUCGAGAAGCAUAUUUGGAACGCCUCCUCAUAAACACAUGGAACGACGACACUAUGGCUUCGGCUAAAAGGAAAGCAGGACUUAGAGAGACAGUUCAGUGCAAAAAUGAUGAGAUAAUGAAAGCAUUUGGAUGUGCCCCUAAAAAUGGGCGAGUCCGUACAGAUGAAUCGCAACGACCCACCAUCGUACAUAGCCAAUUGUAUGACAGCAAGGUGUUUAAAAGCGGCGAUGCAAUCCCUAACAAACACGGGCGUAAAGAUGGUUUAAGGCAUACGGAAGGUGCAUCUAAUAUUGGAAGACAGCGUAGUCAUAUGCCUCACAAUAUUCGGGGAACAACCAGAAACAUUGACAUCCAUGAAAAUUCAAAGAGUAAGAGUCAUGUGGGUCAUAAUCGACCACGCUCGUACGUCUUUAUGCCUGGAAGAAAACUGCAAAGUCAGCGAACAUGUAGACCGUACGAGGUUCUUGCUCGUUCAGGUCGAUGUAUUCGUAAACUUGGAAAAUCUGGUUUAUAUAAACACACUGAUCAUAAAUACGGAAUACAGCAGCGCCAUCGCCAUGAAGCUUUUAAGCCUAUCGAAAGUACUUGAAUUAAGCCAUUAUUAUACAUAUAAGUUAAAACUACAAUAAACACCCGAGCUCUGCUCAUAACUCUUGUAAAA